AUGGCCCGCCACGCACCCAAUGGCAUUGUGCAAGCAAUGCAGUCACUGCGACUGAGUAAUUCAACACACUCAGGGUCAAAAAUCCCAACUCUUAGCCGCGCAGUCCGCAAUUAUGCGACAGAGGCCAAGACCAACCCGGAGACCGACACCUCCGUAAAAGCCGCACCCCAAAUCGACUUCGAGAGGUUCAAACUCGCUCCCGCUCGAAUGGUUCCCGCAUCCCCUUCCUACUUCUCCGGUAACCCACGCUUCAUCGAUCAUGUCCUCCGUCUUGAGUCAAUGCAAGCCAAAUACGCAAAUCUACCCAUAGUCGAAGCUGCCCAAGCCCCGCGCAUGGCCUGGCUGAAGCUAGCACAAUUCCGUGACUUCGUGGGUGAAGUCGUCCCAGUCAAGAAAUACAGGAGUCUUCUCAAGAUCCUGCAACAGAUGAACCGAAUCGUACCCGAGAUGGUGCCGAACGAGGUGCGACAGACGCUGGCGUCCUUCCUGCGUCCCGGUAACCCCUACUCCAAGGAAGCUACACCGCGACAAGUGGACGAUAUGGGACGUGCCCGCGCAAAGGGCAAGCGUAAGGAGUCCACUGCUGUUGUGCAGCUGGUUGAGGGUGAAGGCGAGGUCCUGGUCAAUGGCAAGUCUUUGGUGGAGGUUUUCCAGCGUUUGCAUGAUCGGGAGAGUGCUCUGUGGCCAUUACGAUGCACCGAGCGUCUUGAUAAGUAUAAUGUUUGGGCGACAGUUCAUGGUGGUGGUGUGACUGGACAAGCAGAAGCUAUUACUUUGGCAAUUGCCAGAGCGUUGUUAAUUCACGAGCCGGGCUUGAAGCCUUCAUUGCGGAGAGCUGGUGUCAUCACUGUCGAUGCUCGUCGUGUGGAGAGGAAGAAGGCCGGUCAUGUUAAGGCUCGUAAGAUGCCAACCUGGGUCAAGCGUUGA